GUUUCCUCAUCACAGAGAAGGAACUGCAAGGAAAUAAACUUAAUAUUUGGUGUUAGAAUAUAGCGUGACUGAUGAAUUUUUGCGAGAUUUGAAGGACUUUAGCGGUGACUGUAUCAAUAAAAGAAAAGGAGCUUCUUUGAGACGUAAGGCAGAGACAGCAGGAAAGACAGCAUAAACAGAAGAAUGCCAGGCGGAAGACGCAAUGCUGCCCGCGCCCCCCCUCCCAAACCUGUAGCUCUCAUCGAUCUCGACAUGAAGAGGAUUGGCCAUGGGACAGAGGAUGGGCCACCCUUGAUGCCCAUCACCCCACCCAAACACAUGAGCAUUCCUGACAUACCACGCAUCUCUGAGCUUGGCUUUGAAACCUUGAUGCUGGUGUUUAGUUUGAUGUCCCUUGCACUGCAGUACCUUAACAUUUACCGCACAGUCUUCUGGCUACCACAUUCUCAUACGAAGUAUGCCAUGAACCUGUACUUAAUUGACAGAAGUGUUGUGUGGUUCAUUGUGGUGACACUGAGUAGGCGACUAGGAUGGAGUAUUCUCAAGCUUGUAAUUACACAGUGCAUUCAUCAGUCAUUGUGGAAGUCUGCUCUCUCAGUGGCAAGAGUGAUGUUUGUAGGAGCAAUUGCAGCACUACUAGGCUUCUGCUUGUAUACCAUCAGUGAUGCUCUAACGUUCAUAAAGAUCUUAGCUCUUGGAUAUCCGUUUGUGUUUUAUAUCUUCAUAUUUGAUAUGGAAAUUACGUCUUUCUUGGAGGUGAUUCCAGUUCCAGUGCACUACAAAGAAGAAGGAACUAAGGCAAAGCAAU